AUGGGUUCCGCAAGUCUCCCCUCCAAGAUGAAGGCCCUGAAGUACGAUGAGCCUGAAAAAUUCAGCGUCGUCGAGGUCCCUCUCCCCUCGCUCCGCGAACAUGACAUCCUGAUCAAGGUCAAGGCUUGCGGUGUCUGUGGCACUGACCUGCACAUUCACGAGGGUGAAUUUUUGGCCAAGUUCCCCUUGAUUCCUGGCCACGAAACCGUGGGUGUCGUUGCAGCCCUCGGGCCAAAAGUCAAGGGGUUCAAGGUUGGUGACCGGGUGGUUGCAGACAACUCGGAACUCUGUGGAGAAUGCUUCUACUGCCGUCGCGGGGAGGAGCUUCUCUGCGAAGACUUCCAAGCACACGGUGUGACCAUGGACGGUGGCUUCGCCGAGUACUGCGCAUACCCUGCCAAGCGAGUGUUCCCGAUCAAGAAUUUGUCUGAUGUCGACGCAACCCUGCUCGAGCCCGCUUCCUGCGCCGCCCACGGUUUGGACAAGAUCGCACCCAAGAUGGGUUCAAGCGUGCUCAUGUUCGGUGCGGGGCCUACCGGUCUCGUCUUGACACAGAUGCUCCGCCAGAACGGGGGUUGCCAUGUUGUCAUUGCGGCGCCGGAGGGACUGAAGAUGAACCUCGCCAAGUCCCUGGAUGCGGCUGAUGAGUACGUUGAACUGUCCCGAAAGGAUCCCAGCGCGCAGUUUGAGAAGAUCAAGAGAGAGAAUCCGUAUGGAUUCGACAUUGUGGUUGAAGCCACGGGCAGCGUCAAGAUCCUGGAGGACGCGAUCAACUAUGUGCGACGAGGCGGCAAGCUCGUGGUAUAUGGCGUGUACGGCAACAAGGACCGCGUGUCGUGGCCGCCGACCAAGAUCUUCGGAGACGAAAUCACCAUCCUUGGAUCGUUCAGUGAGACAUACAAGUUCCCUGCUGCCAUCGACUAUCUUGAUACGGGCAAGGUCAAGGUCAAAGGCAUCGUAAACAAGACAUUCAAGUUGGAGCAAUGGGCCGAGUGUCUGGAGUCGAUGAAGAACAAGAGUGCCAUCAAGGCGGCUAUUGUCUUCGAUUAG